CAAAAACCUGAGGACGUAAUUGAUGACUAAUCAUCAAAGGGUUCUUAUCGCAGACGUCACUGCCCCUAACGGAUCCUUAUCGCGAUGAAGCUUACUGUUUUUGGACAGCUCCCAAAGGCCGAGACAUUCGCCAAAUAAGUAGGGAUAUCAGAAUGAACCAUCACUAAAUGGCUCUCGUCGACUAUAACUCCUCCAGCGACGAUGAAGAGCUUCAAGAUGGAGAAGAUAGUUCCGCAGCUAAAAAGGAGGGAAACCCAACAGCAGCAGCCCCCUCGACAAACACUCCAGGCACCCUCAAUCCUCCACGAAAUACCCUAAAACGGAAACACGAAGCUGCGCCGCCCUCCCCCCUCCCCCCCUUACCCUCCCGCUUCCUCGACCUCUACGCCUCCAACUCCCGCGCCAGCGCCCGCGACGACCCCUCCCUCCACGGCGGGCGCAAACGCACUACGCCGCAUAUCCAAGGCAACUGGCCAACCCACCUCUAUAUCGAGUGGUAUCCGAAUCCUACCGAGCACGAACUUCUCACAUCGCUCGUUGAUUCGUUCCGCGAUCAGUCACGGUAUGGGCCUGAAUACGAGCGGGAUCUGGACGUCCAGUCCCUUCUCACUAGUGGUCUCGGCUCCCCUCUCCCGCUGCAUAUCAGUUUAUCCCGACCUAUUGGGUUUAGCACAGCCACAAAAGACGCGUUUCUCACUUCUAUCCAAACAGCUAUCUCAAAUAGUGAUAUCCAUCCCUUCCCUAUCACAUUCAAUGGCUGCGAUUGGGCCUCUAAUUACGAGGGAACGCGCUGGUUUCUGGCUCUACGAGUUGCAAAACCGCUAGAAGAUAAUCUAAAUAAGCUACUACGAGUAUGCAACGACACAGUCCAGUCACAUGGCCAGUCUCCCCUCUAUGCUUCCGCCCGGCCUCCUGACCCUGAUACCCCGGCGCAAAACAAACUUCCACCACGACCACCAUCAAACUCACCUUCCCCGCAAAAAGACCUCUCAUCCUCCUUCCACAUCAGCAUAGCAUGGGCCCUCACCGCCCCGUCAAAGACAUCAGAUACCCCGAAAUACCCCAGUGCCUCUGAAAUCGAGAAACUGAAUUCCGCGUCCAUGCCAAUCGUGGCUUCCGUGAUCAAAGCUAAGAUCGGGAAUGUGGUGACGAGCAUACCCCUUUCCGUAGAGCGGGAGGAAAGGAGAAAAGGACUUUUUGGGGUUUGAAUAGAGUAAAUAGACCUUAAUAUGAAAUUAUACUUCCAAGAAUCCAA